UAUUGCGAUUAUAGAGAUAGAGGGGAUUUGUUCAACCACAGGACUUCACAAGCUACUGAUCAACCCAGUAUGGACAACUUGACGAGACAGACAAGCGCGCUGAGCGUUUCAGAUAUUGCAUCGGUGAACUCCACGGCUUCAAAUGUGGAUUCCAAAAGAAGGUUCAACGUUGCCGCAUCACAGGCCUUUCUGCCAUCUUCAAAACCUUCGAUGGAGAAGUUCUCAUCGAUUCGCUCCCCCAAUUUCUCAGAUAUACCUUCGUUUGUGCCUUCUGCGCAGCAGGAGUCGAAAUUUGACCCAACGGUACCUGCGUUCGAAUCGCCUGUAUCUCCUCAAAGACCUUAUGAGCGUCAAUUAAACCCGUAUACUUCCCAUCAUCAGUCUAUGGACCAUAUACCAACGAUGAAUUCGUUUCAACAGAUACCUCCAAUGGGUGGACCACAACAACAAGACUUUAUGUUCCAAUCACAACAGCAGUCGAAUUACCCCCUGAACUACCAUCUCUAUGCGCCAACAUCCAAUAAACAUUUGCACUUGCAUCUGAAGCCUAAUGAACAAAAUGCAGAGACCUUGUUUAUACCAAACAAACUGAGAGAGGCACUGACGAAGAAAAACCAUGCCAUAUUGCAAACGAUGCCACAGUCAUCGUUACCGGUAUUAGUGGGCGUAUACUUCAACUUGGUUCCACUUAUGACUAGUACAUUGAACUCUGAAAGUGCGUAUGGUUAUCCAAACGUCAUUUAUAAGGCUACUUCAAACACAGAUGGUAAGGCAUAUGCCCUGAGACGUAUUGAAAAUGUCAACUUGGAAAAGGAUAGAAGUUUAUCCACCGUACAUUCAUGGAUAAAGCUCAGACAUUCUAACGUGGCACAAGUUGUGGAUGCAUUCACGACGAGGGCUUUUGGUGACAACUCGCUAAUCAUCGUCUAUGAUUUUUAUCCGGAGGCAAAGACACUCUAUGAAACUUAUUUUAUGACUGAGAUGGGACAGCCGGACAUUUUAACUAUGGAUAUCUUGUGGAGUAUCAUGUGUCAAAUAUCGGCGGCAAUAUCUGAAAUUCAUUCAAGGGAUUUACUCGUCAGAUCUUCAUUACAUCUGAGGAAAGUCAUCAUUACAAGUAAAAAUCGUGUGAGGUUAAGUGAUUGUGGAGUGUUUGAUAUAUUGAAAUACUCCGAAUCAAUAGAUGGUGAUAAAUUGGCCUUGCUUAAAGAAGUGGACUUGCUGAAGUUUGGACAGUUGAUGGAUAAGUUAGCUCAAAAGAUGGUUUCGAAGAAAAAGGGCAAGACUCUUUCAACGGAGGAACUCUUGGAGAGUUCAGAUCUCGAUGAAGAAUUUAGAAAGGCUUUGAAAUACCUUCUACGUCCUCCCUCAGGUGAACCUUAUACUAUUAAGGGUCUGCAACAGAUAAUAUGUGAUCAGGUCUUCAAAGAAUUGGAUCGUAUUCAACACACGGCCGAUUUCUAUGAGUUACAAUUAUGUCGUGAGUUGGAAAAUGCAAGAAUUGUUCGUUUGAUGGCGAAGAUUGACUUCCUCAUUGACAGACCUGAAUAUCAGGCAAGCAAGAUUUGGGGACCAACAGGGGAACGCUAUCCUAUAAAGUUGUUUCAUCAAUACUUGUACCAUCAGAGGGACUCUGACGGUAAGCCUAUUUUGGACUUGGCACAUAUCUUGACAAACCUGAACAAGUUGGAUGCUGGAAUCGAAGAGCGCUUUUUACUUAUCCCACCGGAUGAACAAACCUGUCUGAUUGUUUCCUAUAAGGAGAUUAAAGACCUAGUGGAGAAAUCAUUUAGAGAGUUAACAGCCGAGAUGUCUGUUUCAUAA